UCUGCACUGUAUCAGUGAGGGGCGCUUUACUGCUCUCCCGGAGGCAGGAGGGGGAACAAUAGAGGCCAGCAGCUGCAGGACGAGGACACACCGACAUCCACAAGGCAGGGAUGGGGAGGCUUUAACGCUCUAGCAGCACGGCGCGCCUCUCUGGAUUUACGUUCAGCGUUCCGUACAAGCCGGGAAGGCGCCGAGCAGGGCAAGAUGAACAGCGGCGAGGCGGCUGAGGAGGGACCCAACGACCCGGACACAGAGGCGUUCUUCAAAACAGGGUCUUUCAGGAGUGAGGGGAUUAAGGCCUGUGAUGUUCUGCCUGUGCUGAGAGAAAAAGUGGCCUUCGUGUCAGGUGGUCGUGAUAAGAGAGGAGGGCCGAUUCUGACAUUUCCAGCAAGGAGUAACCAUGACAGAAUAAAGCAGGAAGAUCUGAGAAGACUUGUCACGUACCUAUCCACUGUGCCCAGUGAGGAUGUGUGUAAGCGGGGUUUCACAGUGAUCAUUGAUAUGCGUGGCUCUAAGUGGGACCUAAUCAAGCCAUUAUUGAAGACCCUGCAGGAAGCGUUCCCGGCUGAGAUUUGUGUCGCCCUCAUCAUCAAACCUGACAACUUCUGGCAAAAACAGAAGACCAACUUUGGCAGCGCCAAGUUCACUUUUGAGACUAGUAUGGUGUCAGUGGAGGGUCUGACCAAGCUGGUAGACCCAUCACAGUUAACAGACGACUUUGAGGGCUCUCUAGAGUACAACCACGAGGAGUGGAUGGAGCUGCGUGUGGCACUGGAGGAGUUUCUAGGCAAUGCUGUACACCUCCUCUCACGGUUGGAGGACCUGCAGGAGCUUCUAGCUAAGAAAGAGUUCCCAGUGGAUGUGGAGGGCUCGCGGCGGCUCAUAGAGGAGCACACACAGCUGAAGAAGAAGGUGAUGAAGGCUCCGGUGGAGGAGCUGGACAGAGAGGGCCAGAGGCUGCUGCAGUGUAUCCGCUCCAGCGAUGGCUUCUCUGGGAGGAACUGUAUCUCGGGCAGUGCAGACUUCCAGAGCGUGGUGCCUAAGAUCGCCAGCCUGCUGGACAAGCUGCACAGCACCAGGCAACAUCUGCAUCAGAUGUGGCACGUCAGGAAGCUGAAGCUGGACCAAUGCUUCCAGCUCCGCCUCUUCGAGCAGGAUGCAGAGAAGAUGUUCGAUUGGAUCAGCCACAACAAGGAGCUGUUUCUGCAGAGCCACACUGAGAUUGGAGUGAGCUAUCAGCAUGCUGUUGACCUGCAGACCCAGCACAACCACUUUGCCAUGAACUCCAUGAAUGCAUAUGUGAACAUAAAUCGGAUCAUGUCCGUGGCAUCGCGGUUGUCGGAGGCAGGUCACUACGCGUCCCAGCAGAUAAAACAGAUCAGUGCCCAGCUGGAUCAGGAGUGGAAAAGUUUUGCCGCUGCUCUGGAUGAACGCAGCACCAUCCUUGCCAUGUCUGCUGUCUUCCAUCAGAAAUCAGAACAAUUCCUCUCAGGUGUGGAGGCCUGGUGUAAGAUGUGUAGUGAAGGAGGGCUUCCCUCAGAGAUGCAGGAUUUGGAGUUGGCCAUUCACCACCACCAGACUCUAUAUGAACAGGUCACACAGGCCUACACAGAGGUGAGCCAGGAUGGUAAAGCAUUGCUGGACGUUCUGCAGCGGCCGCUGAGCCCCGGUAACUCAGAGUCGCUGACUGCAACAGCAAAUUACUCCAAAGCGGUGCACUGCAUACUGGAUGUGGUCCAUGAGGUCCUCCAUCACCACCGGCGCCUCGAGAGCAUUUGGCAGCAUCGCAAAGUGCGUCUGCACCAACGACUUCAGCUGUGUGUGUUUCAGCAGGACGUGCAACAGGUGAUAGACUGGAUAGAGAACCAUGGUGAGGCUUUCCUGAGCAAACACACAGGAGUGGGCAAAUCUCUGCACAGAGCAAGGGCCCUGCAGAAACGCCAUGAUGACUUUGAAGAGGUAGCCCAGAACACCUAUACUAACGCAGACAAGCUGCUGGAGGCGGCCGAGCAGCUGGCCCAGACGGGCGAGUGUGACCCAGAGGAGAUCUAUAAGGCAGCGCGGCACCUGGAGGUCAGGAUCCAGGACUUUGUGAGGAGAGUAGAGCAGCGGAAACUACUGCUGGACAUGUCCGUGUCUUUCCACACUCACACUAAAGAGCUGUGGACAUGGAUGGAGGACCUGCAGAAGGAGUUGUUGGAGGAGGUGUGCUCAGACUCUGUGGAUUCUGUACAGGAGCUUAUCAAACAGUUCCAACAGCAGCAGACGGCCACACUGGAGGCCACACUCAAUGUUAUUAAAGAGGGAGAGGACCUCAUUCAGCAGCUCAGAGAUUCAGCAAUGAGCAGUAAUAAGAUGCCCCAUAACAGCUCUAUCGCUCACAUUGAGAGUGUACUGCAGCAGCUGGAUGAAGCUCAGGGUCAGAUGGAAGAACUCUUCCACGAGAGGAAGAUCAAAUUGGAUAUCUUCUUGCAGUUGCGCAUAUUUGAGCAGUACACCAUUGAGGUCACUGCAGAGCUGGAUGCCUGGAAUGAGGACUUGAUGCGACAAGUGAACGAGUUUAACGCGGAGGAGCCCAGUCUGGUGGAGCAGAGGCUACAGCGGCACGCUGAGAGAAAACUGGCCAUGAACAACAUGACCUAUGAGGUCAUCCAGCAGGGCCAGGACCUGCACCAGUACAUAAUGGAGGUCCAGGCUUCAGGUAUUGAGUUAACUGGGGAGAAGGAAGUGGAUUUGGCCACUCAAGUUCAGGAGCUGCUGGAGUUCCUUCAUGAGAAGCAACAUGAGCUGGAUGUGAGCGCAGAGCAGACACAGAAACGACUAGAACAAUGCCUCCAACUACGGCAUCUACAGGCUGAGGUUAAACAGGUGCUGGGAUGGAUCCGUAACGGUGAGUCCAUGCUGAAUGCCAGCAUGGUGAAUGCCAGCUCCCUGUCUGAGGCUGAGCAACUACAGAGAGAGCACGAACAGUUCCAGCUGGCUAUAGAGUCUCUGUUUCACGCUAACUCUCUGCAGAAGACCCAUCAGAGUGCCCUGCAGGUCCAGCAGAAGGCAGAAGCUAUGUUGCAGGCAGGUCAUUAUGACCCUGAAGCAAUCCGCACCUGCGCUGAGAAGGUGGCCAUGCACUGGCAGCAGCUCAUGUUGAAGAUGGAGGACCGCCUCAAACUGGUCAAUGCAUCUGUGGCCUUCUACAAAACUUCUGAACAGGUGUGCAGUGUGUUGGAGAGUUUGGAGCAGGAGUAUCGUAGAGAUGAGGACUGGUGUGGAGGUCAUGAUAAGCUGGGUCCUGCAGCUGAAACUGACCACGUGUUUCCCCUCAUCAGCAAACACCUGGAGCAGAAAGAGGCCUUCCUGAAGGCCUGCACUUUAGCCAGACGUAACGCUGAAGUUUUCCUCAAGUACAUCCACCGCAACAAUGUCAGCACCCCCACCUCCUCUGGAAACACCCGCAGCCCUGAGCAACAGGUCAAAGCUAUCCUCAAUGAACUGUUGCAGAGGGAGAACAGAGUUCUGCACUUUUGGACAAUGAAGAAGCGCAGACUGGAUCAGUGCCAGCAGUAUGUUGUGUUUGAACGCAGUGCCAAACAGGCAUUAGAGUGGAUUCAGGAGGCAGGGGAGUAUUUCCUGUCCACUCACAACUCUGCUGGAGACUCAGCUGAGAAAACCCAACAGCUCCUGAAAGAGUAUGAGGAAUUCUGCAUCUCUGCCAGGCAAACCAAGGAAAAGGUGAAGCUGCUGAUUCAGCUGGCUGAUAAUUUUGUGGAGAAAGGCCAUGUUCACGUGACUGAGCUGAAGAAAUGGGUGAGCACUGUGGACAAGCGCUACCGAGACUUCUCUCUGCGCAUGGGCCAGUACCGCUGCAGCCUAAACAACGCCCUGGGCAUCAGUUCUGAGGAUAAUAAGGACUUGGAGUUGGAUAUUAUUCCAGCCAGCCUGACUGACCCAGAGGUGAAACUUCGUGACCCCAACCACGAGGUCAACGAGGAGAAGAGGAAGUCAGCCAGGAAGAAAGAAUUUAUUAUGGCAGAGUUGCUGCAGACUGAAAAAGCCUAUGUCAGAGAUCUUCAUGAGUGUUUAGAGACAUACCUGUGGGAGAUGACCAGUGGUGUGGAGGAGAUCCCGCCAGGGAUCGCUAAUAAAGAACAUGUCAUCUUUGGAAACAUCCAGGAGAUUUAUGACUUCCACAAUAACAUCUUCUUAAAAGAGCUGAUAAAUUAUGAGCAGUUACCAGAGGAUGUGGGCCAUUGUUUUGUCACAUGGGCGGAUAAAUUCCAAAUCUAUGUGACGUACUGUAAAAACAAGCCGGACUCUAGCCAGCUAAUCCUGGAGCAUGCUGGGAGCUUUUUUGACGAAAUUCAGCAGAGGCACGGCCUGGCAAACUCCAUCUCCUCCUACCUUAUCAAACCCGUCCAGAGGAUCACCAAGUACCAGCUCCUCCUCAAGGAGCUACUGAGCUGUUGUGAAGAGGGCAAAGGUGAGAUAAAGGAUGGGCUGGAGGUGAUGCUGGGUGUGCCGAAGAGAGCUAACGAUGCCAUGCAUCUCAGCAUGCUAGAGGGUUUUGAUGAGAAUCUGGAUGUGCAGGGAGAGCUGAUCCUGCAGGAUACAUUCCAGGUGUGGGACCCCAAAUCUCUGAUCCGGAAGGGUCGGGACCGCCACCUUUUCCUCUUCGAAAUCUCCCUUGUUUUCAGCAAGGAGAUCAAGGACUCGGCUGGACGCACCAAAUAUGUCUACAAGAACAAACUACUGACGUCUGAGUUGGGGGUGACAGAGCACAUAGAGGGGGACCCCUGUAAAUUUGCACUGUGGGCAGGACGCACGCCCUCAUCCGACAACAAAACCGUCCUCAAGGCAUCUAGCAUUGAGGUGAAGCAGGAGUGGAUAAAGAACAUUCGGGAGGUGAUUCAGGAAAGGAUCAUUCACCUGAAGGGGGCACUGAAGGAGCCCAUCCCCAUCCCCAAAACCCCAGCUAAGCCACGUAAUAACAGCAAGAGGGACACUGGAGAGGAUGCUGACAGUCAGGGAGAUGGUAGCAGUCAGCCAGACACCAUCUCCAUCGCCUCACGAACCUCACAGAACACUGUAGACAGUGACAAGCUCUCAGGUGGGUGUGAGUUGACGGUGGUGCUGCAGGACUUCGUGGCCGGUUGCUCGUCUGAGCUCAGUGUGCAGACCGGUCAGACAGUGGAGCUGCUGGAGAGGCCAAGCGAGCGUCCAGGAUGGUGUUUGGUCCGCACCACAGACAAGAGCCCGCCGCAGGAGGGCCUGGUGCCCAGCGGAACUCUCUGUAUCUCCCACUCCCGCAGCAGCGUAGAGAUGGACUGCUUCUUCCCUGCAGGCAAAGAGAGCUAUACAGUCAGUGGUCCGGAGGGAAAGACGGACUCGGUGGCAGCACUACAGCCCCAGGCCUCACUCACUUCCAUCCACAGCAGUUCUCCAGGGCCCAAGCGCUCUGGGAACACAUUGAAGAAGUGGCUCACCAGCCCGGUCCGCCGCCUCAGUCAUGGCAGCAAUGUCAAAAAGCUGCCCAGCAAGCAGAAGCAGAAGAGAGAUGGCCGCAAGAGCAUCGACCUGGGUCCACCCGAGAUGCAGGAUGACAGCCUGGAGGAGAGGGCAAGAAAAGACGGAACUCUCUCUAAGUCAUCAGGAAUGCAAAGCGGAGGAGAGGAGGAGCCGGAGGACGAGUCUCACACUCCUCUCCCUCCACCCAUGGAGAUCAUCAAAGAUCCCUCCACUCAGGAGGAGAAGUCGUCUGCCUUGCUUGCUUCGCGGCAGGGUUCCACUGAGGUCCCCAGUGCCGCAGAGCUUGUCAGUGCUAUAGAGAAACUGGUCAAAACAAAGAUGACGCUGGAGGGAGGGACAUAUCCUGGCUUUAGCUCUGUGAGUCCUGUGGAGCAGAGCCCAGCCCAGCCCAGAAACCCUGAGCUGGAGCAGAAAGCCAAAGCACUGCGCGGACGCAUGUUUGUCCUGAAUGAGCUCAUACAGACAGAGAAGGACUACGUCAAGGAUUUAGGCAUCGUAGUAGAGGGUUUUAUGAAGAAGAUAGAAGAGAAAGGAGUCCCUGAAGAUAUGAAAGGAAAAGACAAGAUUGUCUUCGGAAAUAUUCACCAAAUCUAUGACUGGCACAGAGAUUUCUUUGUGGGGGAACUGGAAAAAUGUCUUGAAGAUCAUGAAAAACUACCAGAGCUGUUUAUCAAACAUGAGCGAAGGCUGUACAUGUAUGUUGUUUACUGCCAGAACAAACCCAAGUCAGAAUACAUUGUGGCUGAAUAUGAUUCCUAUUUUGAGGUGGUUCAGCAAGAAGUAAAUUCAAGACUCAGUAUCAGUGAUUUUCUCAUCAAGCCCAUUCAGAGAAUUACAAAAUAUCAGCUAUUGUUAAAGGACUUCUUGAAAUACAGUAGUAAGGCAGGUCUGGAUUGUCAGGAUAUUGAGAGAGCGGUGGAUCUGAUGUCUCAGGUGCCUAAACUCUGCAAUGACAUGAUGAACCUUGGCAGACUACAGGGCUAUGAGGGAAAGCUGACAAGUCAGGGGAAACUGCUGCAGCAGGAGACGUUCUUCGUGACCGAGCAGGACUCGGGCGUUCUCUCUCGUAGUAAAGAGCGCAGAGUCUUCCUCUUUGAGCAGAUCGUCAUCUUCAGUGAACUUCUACGCAAGGGCUCCUCAACGCCUGGCUAUCAAUUCAAAAAGAGCAUCAAGGUGAGCUACCUGGGCCUGGAGGAGCACGUGGAUAAUGACCCAUGUAAAUUUGUGCUGUCAUGCCGUGGGUCGUCUGAGCGCUUCACUUUGCAGGCAGCGAACACGGACAUUAAACAGGUGUGGGUGCAGCACAUCACAGAGCUGCUGGAUGCCCAGAGCAACUUCCUGUCAGCUCUUCAGUCUCCCAUCGAGUAUCAGAAGGAGAAGAGUAGUUCCCUGACACGAAACCCGUCCACUGGAGGGCGUGGCGGUCAGUCCAAUAGCAGACCCAGCUCUACAGCAUCGGUCAGCCCAGAGAAAAUCUCUCUGUCAGGACGGGUCUCUACCCCUCUAAAGCUACCUACCUCCAAUGGCAGCCCCUGCUUUGAGCCCCACAAACACUCCGACAGAUACGAGAGCUCCAAGCAGCAUGACGGGGUCGGCUGUAACGGUAUGUCAUCCUCCAUGAUGGUGACUCAGGACUACAGUGCACUGAAGGAGAAUGAAAUUUGCGUCACACAGGGUGAAAUGGUGCAGGUGCUUGCAACCAAUCAGCAGAACAUGUACUUGGUGUACCGCCCCGCCAACAGCCAGUCACCUGCUGCUGAAGGCUGGGUGCCUGGCAACAUCCUCGGCCCUCUCACUAAAACCGUCAUAGACACUGCUGCUGACUCGAACAUCAAGAAGUCUCUCUCGUGGAACACACUCCGCGCCCGCAAGCGUGCCGAGAAGGAGAGUGGGGGGAAAAGUGACCCAAAGCUUGAGAAUGGACCACGUAAGCCAAAGGACAUUCUCAGCAGCAAGGUCACUGUAAAAGAGUCUCACAGCUCAGAGGAAUCAGAAUGUGAGGAUGAGCUAGACCCCAAAACUAGCAUGGAGUUAAUGAAUCCCAAUUUUAUUCAAGAAGUGGCUCCAGAGUUCCUGAUCCCUCUGGCUGAUGUGACGUGUGCACUGGGGGAAACAGUGGUCCUGUGCUGUAAAGUCUGUGGCCGCCCAAAACCCACCAUCACUCUGAAAGGUCCUGACCAGAGCUUACUGGUCAACAACAAUCGCUUCACUAUCAACAUCAGGGAAACAGGUGAUAUUCUGUUGAAGAUCUGUAACCUGAUGCCCCAGGACACUGGCAUCUACACCUGCGUUGCCAUUAACGACCACGGAACAGCUUCAUCCUCCGCGUCGAUUAAAGUGCAAGGUGUUCCAGCAGCUCCAGCACGGCCGGUAGCGCAAGAGGCCAGUGGUACAGCAGUGGUGGUGCACUGGCUCCCCCCAGCCAGUUCCGGCAACUGUGCUAUAACCAGCUACACAGUGGAGUACAGACAAGAGGACUCGCUGGUGUGGCAGCAGUCGGUGGUGUCCACAGCAGAUGUAUGUGUGAAGAUUGAGGAUUUGAUCCCAGGUGGGCACUACCAGUUCAGAGUGAGAGCCAGCAACCCCUGGGGCAUCAGUGCCCCCAGUGAGCCCUCCAACAUGGUCACACUACCUAGCUGUGUUUCAACAUAUGAUGGAACCGGAAUCCAGUGGAAAGACAACUUUGAGUCAGCGUUUACAGAAAUCUGUGAAAUCGGAAGGGGUCGUUUCUCUGUGGUGAGGAAAUAUCUGCAUAGGGCCAGUAAGAGGGAGGUGGCAGUGAAAUUUGUCAAUAAGAAGAUGCAGAAGAAAGAGCAGGUGGCUCAUGAGGCAGAUAUCCUGAAACAUGUCCAGCACCCUCAGCUAGUGGUAUUGACCGACACCUACGAGUCACCCACAGCCUACAUACUCGUCCUAGAGCUGCUGGAUGGUGGACGUCUGUUGGAUUACCUGGUGGCUCAUGAUGAGCUGAUGGAGGAAAAGGUGGCGUUCUUCAUUAAGGAUACUCUGGAGGCCUUACAGCAUCUGCACACCUGUAAAGUGGCACACUUAGACCUGAAGCCUGAGAACCUGAUGGUGGAUCCCCGCAUGCCUGUCCCUUGUGUGAAGCUGAUAGACUUUGGUGAUGCAGUACAGAUAUCAGGGCAUCGAUAUGUGCACCUCCUGCUGGGGAACCCUGAGUUUGCAGCUCCAGAGCUCAUCCAGGGCACCCCCGUCUCCUUAUCUACGGACGUCUGGAGUGUUGGAGUGCUGGCUUAUGUCCUGUUGAGUGGAGUCUCCCCAUUUCUGGAUGAAAGUCUGGAGGAGACCUGCGUCAACAUCUGCAAACUUGACUUCUGCUUUCCAGAUGAGUAUUUCUGUGGGGUGAGUCAGGCAGCGAGAGAUUUCAUCAUCUCAGCGCUGAACCAGGACCCCAGAAAGAGGCCGAGCUCGUCCACGUGUCUGCAGCACCCAUGGGUGAGCGCUCACAGUGGUGACUACUCCAAAACGCCAUUGGACACGGCCAGGCUGGCGGCUUUUAUCGACAGGCGCAAGCAGUUACACGAUGUCAGACCUGUCACUAAUAUAAAAGGUCUGGUUAGUAGCACUAUGGGACACACCAUAUAAGAGAGAAAUACACAGUGGAGAAGAAACGGGUUACGUUUUAGGAUACACUCUUAAAAAUGAAGGAUCGUAAAUGGUUCUUGGUUUGGAUGUACGGUUCUAGGAAAAACCUUUAAUUGGUAUACAAUAUUAAUGUUAUGGGAAGGUCUUUUAAAAAAAAGGAUCAAAAGAUCAUUUUCAAAUCAUUUUUGAAAAGACCAUCCAUUGAUGGAUGAAUCAUCUGUGGUCUUGCUUCAAAUAAUUCCUUUUGCACCUUCAUUUUUAAGAGUGUACAAUACCAAAAUGUCUUUUACUGUAUACAGAAAUGUGUAGAUGUGUUCAGAUAUGGUCCUUUAUGUCCAAGAUAUAGCAGGGAUUAACCACUCUGGCCCACUGAGACUAUAAAUCUGUGCAAAUCAUUUCAGAAUAAGGUAUCUAUGCCUGCCUAGAAAGCAAAUGUGUGCUCUCCACAGCUAAAUGAUGACAUCUUGUGGCUGGCACACAACUAAAUUUGUGCGUAGUGAAUCCUUGGCCUCGUCUGAAAUAAAGCUGUACACUGAAGUAUUAAAGAACGGCCCUCAACUGAGGUGUAUCACUGUGGGUAUAUGUUCUAAAUGUCAGCCAUUUAACACAAUCUCAGAGCAUAAAUUCAGGCAAAGAAAGUUAGUUAAUGUACAGGACGAAUGUACAGUAAUAUAGAAUGUGGUUGAACACUGCUGUACUGACUGAAGAAAUAUUUAGCUUUUUUUCUAGAAGAUGCAUUGUCUGUAGAUAUAGGACAGCAGAUAUUUUUACAGUUUAAUAUGAGAUUAAUGGGAUUAUAUAGGAUAUGAAACCGAAUUUUCAGCAUGGUCCACAUGUAGUUAUUGCCUAUGCCUAGGGUUUACACAACAUCACACAAUCAGUUUUGCUAUAGAUGAAGGCUUUAGUUCAUCAUUAAAUCAGUCAUCUGUGAUAAAGGAAUCUGAUGCCUUUUCUGAUGCCAUUGGUGAGAAAGUAAUGUAAGAGUGUUUUUGACUAUUUUGCCAUUGAUUUGUCCAUCACUGUUUCCUGCAUUUGAAUAUGUUAGCAAGUUUGAUUAUUUGAUAACUGAUUUGUCUGUUGUUAUGGGUUCUAUGCUGGAGGGAAAAAGCCUAAGCUUUAAAUAUAUUUAUUGCCUUUUUACCCUAUUUAUAUAAUUUAAGUGACGGCCCAUAUUUUUAAAUAGCCGCUUGUUAUAUUUUUAUGUUGUUUACUUUUCACAUUUUCACUAUUGACUUUUUAAGUGGCAAGAAAUAUAUCUGAUGUGUUUAUUUGUGUAGUCUUAUUGUGUCAAUCAGCAGGAACAUUUGAAAGAGAAAGACCAUUUAAUCUGAAAUAAACAUUGGUUUAGACUUUUGACACAAUGCACUUCUUGCACACCCAAAGUAACCUUUAUCUGCUACUGUCAACUCUUAACAAUGACCAAGACCAUUACAGAAAAAACAAAUCUUACAUCCCAUCCCAGAGUAUCUUAAAGUCUCAAACUAUAAACAGAAUCGCAUCUACUUCAGUGUGUUAUCACAGUUCAAUACAUGUAACUGUAUAUAAUUAUUUGUCUUUGCUCAUGCUGUAUGUUUUCAGAGUUUUUGUUCAAUCCUUGAACUCUUAGGUUUGAGAGCAGAUCCUGUCCAUUAUCAGAUGUAUGUUUUAAUACUUAGCCUAUGUGUGUGACUGCUGUUCAUGGGCAGGUCGAUUCUUUGGAAACCUCAAAAGUACAAUGACUGUGCCAUUUAAAAGAAAGGUUCUGGAGGAAAUCUAGAAGAAUCAGGAAAACACCUCAAUAGCCAACUAACCAGUUUUAUUACAUGGUACCAACUUCAGUUUGGACCACACUCGCACAGAAAUCCAGUAUACUUACCUUUGGCAGAAAGCAUCACAGAAAUGAUGGAUGCUACAUGUCAGCACGAUCCGUGACUAGCAAUGGGAUGACUAUUCUAAACCAUUAAGGCUCUCUUCAGUAUUCAUCUAACAAACUACAUGCUACAUGGUAUGAUGCUUCAGUGCUACACCUAACAUGUGCUAGUAUCAUGAUGUUUGCUUUAUUUAUUUGUAGGGCAAUGCAGUGGCCUCUGAGAAUUACUUUAGGAACAUUCUGCAAACAAAUAAAACUCGCUUUUGUCAUUUUAGUCCUGUUAGUACUGUUGUACAUAGCUAUGUGUACAAUUUGCAUACCAAAAUGAAAAUGUCCUUUCUUUAAUCAUAUGGGCUGUUUGUUUGUUACUGGAUGUUUAAUAAACUGUGCUUGUUUUUAGAAAA